AUGAAGGGACUGAUCAUUGCCCUGGCUUCUUUGGCCUUCAAUGGCGCCGCUGCGACCCCACUGUAUGAGCAAAGGCUGGCGCUCCGAGGAUGCCUUGUCUCUGAGGGUGCCACCCCAGAUCCCGCUUCCCAAUACAACGACAGGCUUGCUCUCCGCCAGAACCUUCCCACAAAUUUCACUGUUGAUGUCAACUUCCAUAUCGCCAGUACUGAAGAUGAAUCAGAUCUGAUUACAGAUGAGAUUGUUGACGCGCAAUGGAAGGUUCUUCAUGAGGCCUUUGCCAAGUAUGACAUUAAUCUCGUCCUCAACUCCACCGAACGUACCGUCGAUAACCUCACGGGCUCAGCAUUUCUCAUCAAUGAGGGGCCAGAGAAAGGUUGGGUUUAUCACGAGGAGGAGUAUAAUGCCUAUUUAAAGGCGUCACGUAAAGGUGGAUACGACGCGUUGAAUUUGUACUUCUUCAGCAGCUACUCACCUGGUGCCACGGGCUAUUGCCAAUGGCCUACGCCGCUCGCUGAAACGGACGAGGAGACUUUUUACAAAGAUUCAUGCCAGCUGAGCGCGAUGACAAUGCCUGGUUUUACAGUCGAACAAGGAGGUUUUGAGGACUGGAACUUGGGUCACCUCGCGAUCCACGAGACCGGUCAUUGGUUUGGUCUAAACCAUACUUUUGCUGGCGGCUGUUCAGAGACUGGCGACUUCGUUUCCGAUACACCGGCGCAGCGAACACAAAUUUAUGGAUGCCCGGUUGGUUCGGAUUCCUGCCCAGAACUACCUGGCUUGGAUCCAAUCCAUAACUAUAUGGGGUACACUGAUGAUUCUUGGCACAAACGAAUUCACCUCUGGUCAAAAAGAUCGCAUGUUCUCUACUUUCUUUGGCUUCAGAAGGAAAUAAAGGAUCACUAUGCGCCACUUAGACUCACGACGCUCCCCAUACUGUUAGCACCUAAAAAUAAUGCUACGCUUGCGCUAUUUGGAAUACAUCUUGAAGUCUACAUCUUCAGACUUUUCUAUCAGUAUCGCCUAGUCACCUUUGCCAGCAAUUGCUUUAUGAUUAGGAUCGACAGCUUUCAAGUUUUGACAGUUUGA